CAAUCAAAAGAGAAGAGUCUAAAGGGUCAUCGUGAGUCUUGGGGAUGAGAUGAGGGUCAGGUGGAUAGCAGCUUAUCCAAGUGACUGUUUUGCUACACAGAUUAUAUUUCUCAAUGUAUAUUGAGAAGUAUCUGAUCUAGCAGCAAGAUUGCAAUGAUGAUACUGACAAAAAGUGUUUUGGGUUAAGACCCGGCGUAAAAGAAAUUAUGGUCCCCUAGGGAUUAUGGUCCCCUUUCCUUAUGGUCCUUACUGGCCCUGACUGUGUAUGAAUAAUAAGGAAAAUAAUUGUAAUUAGGUCACCAUAUAGAUCAAUAGAGAGUGGGACCAAAAUUUGAUAGGACCACCUACCCUUUUACACCGGGGGUUUAGAUGUAGGAUUAUAGUAAUGACAGGUCCCCAACUUCUAACUAGUCUCAACUUUCGUGAAGAAAAAUCUACCAUUUUGGAAUCUGUGAAAAUGGUAAAGGUCCAGCUGAAAGAUGUGGUGUUGAGAAAGUACAGAUUCACUGACCAGACAUCAGUAUGGCGAAUUUAUGAGAAAAUAAGAACUGAACAUAGGAAAACAAUGUAUAUCAAUGCAUUGAAAAGCUGGAAAACGCAACUUGUAUGCAUGAUAUUAUUAACUCUAGGAACUGCUAUAUCUAAGACAAUGUUGGUUGGAUAUGCUUUGGGUCUUGCCUAUUUAGGUCUAGUCAUAUACUCAUGUUACAGACUACAUGUGUUUUUGUGCUCUGUUGAUAAUGACCUUGCAAGGAUAAAUCUGGACUAUAUGAAACAGGGAGGACAUUUUCUGAUAGCCACUUACCAUAAACAGAUUAUUGGCUUUGUUGGAUUAAGUAGCAAUGUGGAUAGUGAUGAUGAAGGGGUUUUUGAGCUGCGUCAGUUGUGUGUGGAUAAGGAAUAUCGAAGACAAGGAGUUGGAGAAAAACUUCUAUACACAAUAAUAGAGCAUGCUAAUUCUUUACCAAACUGCACUAAAUUGGAAUUCACCAUUGAACCCAAUGUUUCUCCUCUGGGCAUUUUUACAAAGUUUGGAUUCCAGCACAAGUUAAAUAUAUGGUUUGGAUAUCAUGUACAUGGUCUGGCAACAAUGAAAUAUCAAAGAUACCAGAUGAAGAUGGAGUAGAAAUUACUAUCAGUGAGGAAAUGCCUAAUAAAUUGGUGAAUGAUGAUUUACCACCUACAUGUAUGUAGAUCAGAUCACUCUCAGUACUAAAUUGUAUGGGAUGCUUCAGUAGAUGUCCAAACUUGUUUAAUACACUUUUUGCCAGGAUAGUAGAAUCCAAACAAGAUUAUGUCCAGUGAUCUCCCCAUCUACUUGAACAUUUGAGAAUGGGCAUGUACCUCCUGAAAAUCUAAUUGUACGAACUUGAAAAUGAGAAAAAAUGGGAAGUGGUAUAUUCUAUAUUGGCCAACUUUGGUCAGAAUUAUGGAAAUGGGAAUUUUGUUCCAAUUUGAGGAAAACAUCCCAGAGAGAGCUCUGGAUUCACAUGCCUUAGAGUAGACACAUCAUAUGUUUAUUAAUUUGCUUUAUUAUAGCAAAUAUUU